AUGGACGUCUACCAGCGCCUCUCUGAGGUUUCCGUCGGCAUAGAUGGCAUCCUCGGCGGUCCAGACGACCGCGGCGCAGGCAUGCAGUCGUUCCAGACCCAGAACGGCUGCCCGAGCGCCCACAUCCUCGACGGGGUGCUAGAUUUCAACAAUCGGGACCCGGCGUGGUACCACAGAUCCGCCGCUCCGUCGAUUCACUCCCCGCUGACUCUGAGCAAGUACGAGGACGGCGAGGCGAGCUUCGCGGAGCAGCUGGCGAGCGUCACGGCCGGGAAAGAGGACAUCGACGUGCGUCGCUCGGAGCGCGUCGUACCCAUCCCGACGCAGCCCGGCCCGUUCGCCGCGGGCUCCAUCCCCACGUCCGGCUCGCAGCUCAUCGGCUCCUACCACGACUCGGCGCGUAACAUCUUCCUCGAGGACGACCACGGCGCCCCCUCGCCCCGCCCCCACCACCACCCGAUCAUCUCCCAGCCCGACCUCCAGAGGAUCCUCGAGGCCGGGAGCGACGUCGACCCGUACCCCAAGGUGACGCUCGCGGGGCUGCGCGACCGCUACGCGCGCUUGUUUGGCAAGACCACAACCUCAAACAAUCGCAAGUGGCUCGUCAAGCGCCUCGUCCAGGCGGAAAUGGCCCUCAAGCAGUACGGCACGAUCCCCGAGCUGCUCCUCGAGGGCAUGCGCGGGUCGCACCGGUACAGCACGGCGGCGGCGGGCGCGGGCGGGGGUGCGGGCGGCGGAGGCGUCGUCCCGCGCGGCACGUCGUCGCUGCGGCCCGCGCACGACGACCGCGAGCGCGACGCGUCGGCCGGGCCGGUGCUGCGGAACAUGUCGAUGCCGACCAUGAGUCAGGCCGAGGACCCCCCCGCGCCGCCGCUGCCGCAGGGCGCCGGCGCGCCGGAGUGGCCGAGCUUCGCGGCGGGCGCGCAUCGCAGCCCCUGGGCGUCGCAGCCCGUGCCGCUCCACGCGCACGCGCACGCGCCCGCGCCCGCGCACCACCGCAGCGCGUCGGGCCCGCUGGGCGCCCCCGCGCCCGCGCACCUGCGCAACAGCGUGUCGCUCUCCAACCUCGCGCAGCGCGACUCCUCCGCGCCCACGGGCCACCGCGCCACGAUGCCCCCGCACUUCUGGGACGCCCCCGCGCACGCCCACGGGGGGGCGUCCCACCACCACCACCACCACCACCACCACCACGACCGCGCCGCGACGGACGCCGACCUGGACUUCGACGCCGCGUUCGGCCCGGACUCCCCCCUCCCGCUGCCCUCCGCGGAGGCCCUCGGCAUGCACGCCGAGCACGCCUGGGCGGGCGCCCCGGCGCCGGACUCGGCGCGCACGACCACCACCACCGCGCCGCUCCCGGCCUCGCGCGGGCCGUCCCCGCGCGCCGCCGCCGCCGGCAGCACCGGCGGGCCCCGCGGCACCUCGAAGCGGCAGCCCCGGCCCAACCCGAAGUACGCCGCGGCGCUCGCGGCCGGCGUGGUCGAGGACGACGGAGGCGGCGGCGCCGGCGCGCCCGCGCGCGCCUCGCCCGGCCGCGUGGGCGGCGACAGCCGCGGCACGGACAGCAACGCGUCGGAGGGCAGCGAGGGCACGCACGAGGGGUCCGGCGGCGCCCGCCACGAGAUCACGGGAGGGCUCGCCGGGCUCGGCAUCGGCGCGGCGACGGGGAAGCGCGGCGCGUCGCGCUCGGCCGCCGUCGUGGCCUCGGGCCGCAAGCACCACAAGCCCUGGACGCCCGAGGAGACGCAGGCGCUCGUGGAGGGCGUCGCGAUCUGCGGCGGCGGCAAGUGGGCCGACAUCAAGAAGCUCAACCUGCGCGCGAUCGAGCGCCGCAGCGCGGUGGACCUGAAGGACAAGUGGAGGAACCUGACGCGGAUCGCGCUCGGGCCGAACAACCGCGGCCGCACCGACAAGCGUAAGGACCUCCCCGCGGAGCUGCUGGACCGGGUGCGGGAGCUGGCGAUGGUGCACGCGAAGAGGCCGACGGCGGGCGCGGUGAACUCGUCGCCGACGCCGCGGUCGUACGCGACGCUGCCGCACUCGUACAUGAUGCAGCAGCGGCAGCGCUAG